ACAUCUAAAAAGAACAUGUUUAUAAUGUUUCAGUUUCCCAUCAUAUUGUUGUUUAAAUUUCAAACAAUAAAAUGAAUAGUUUAACGGUUAACAUUUUUAUUUUUAUAUUACAUAUAUACCUAUUGGUCAAUGUCAUUACAGAAGAUAAUAUUGAACUUGGUCAAUCAUCAUGUAGAUACUCAGGUAACCACGAUCCCAACAAUACAGCAUGUUACGUUAAUGCAUUUGAAAUAAGCAAAUUACCAACGAAUGAAUGCACGUCUUAUGUCUAUGAUGGAAUAUCAUGUACAAACGAUUCGAAAAUCGUACCUAAUUAUUCUCCAGAUGAUUUAACAAACAUCAAAUUACUAACAAAUUUUAGCUCUAAAGUGUUUUUAUUUUAUGGACUAAAUGUAAAUGAUUGGUUUUCCAACAAUUUUAAUGAUAGCAUUGAAACUACAGCUCAAAACUUGAAAGAAUUCAUAGACGAAUAUCCUAUAGCAGGGUUAAUUUUGACUGGAAUAGAAUACCCUGUUUUAACUGACAACUUCUACAUAGAAUUUCAAUCAUACGUCACAUGCAUAAAGAAUAAAAAUCCAAAAAUAAAAAUUGGUUUUUAUAUUAAAGCUUUAACGAUGAUAGUGCUUACAAAUGCUACAACAUGGUUCGAUUUUUCAAAGCUAAAUGACACUAUUGAUUUCUAUUUGAUUACAUUUCAUGGCUUUAAUGAUUGUACUGAUAAAUUAUAUGAUAGCGGAACUACUCCUUUGAACUCAGAUGAUCCAAAUAUUUAUACCUUAGAAAAAUUUGGUGCUUCGUUAACCGAUUCAAAAAUUGCAAGGGAAAAGGUUUAUUUAGAAUUUGUAAUAACUCCUACAGUAAAUUAUAAAGAUCGUUUCAAGUAUAGGCAUUGUGAAGUAUCAUUUAAUCAGGUAUACAAAUGUUUUUAAUUUAAAAUUAGGAUUAUUAUUGAUACGUUGUGUCUGUAUAUAAAUAUAAUACUAAUUGGUAACUAAUAUUUUUAAUAAAUAAAUUGGAUUUUCCCGUGACAUUUUUCGGUGGAUUUUUUUCUGAUUACCGAUUUUUGUAUGUAUAGUUUUGUAUUAUACCUACUUAUAACAAAUUAGUAUUAUUAUAUAUCUGAUAUCUAAAAGCAAUUGAUUAAGCACUUGAUUAUAAGAGUAAGCACUAAAUCCAAACGCAAUAAAUAUUAGAUUUUGGUGAAAAAAAUAAUUGUUUAAUUCUUCUGAUAUGGUUUCCCGGCUAUUUUACAAAUAUUUUAGUUAUGACUCAGAAGUCAGGGGAACCCUCCCUUUUUUACACCUUUAUCUCUGACAUAUCCUUAAGGACACCCAUAUUAUGAAUUAAAAAUAUGAUUUAAAAUGGCCAUAACAAAAAUUCGUAGAUGAAACAUUUUGUGCUUAAAAAUGUGGGAGAUUAAGUUUUAGAGGUACCUAUAGUUAUACUUGCAAGUUAUAAAUUUAUGUAACUAUAUUAAUAUAUUAAUGAAAACUGUAGUCAAGGAUGUCGAAAUCGUUC